CGCGGCAGAGAAUCUUUGGUCGCGGUGUCGCAGUAGCAGUGGAGUGCGGUGUCGAUGGAAACAAAUUAGCAGGGCGUUUGGAGUAGCAGUGUGAAUACACUACUUUCAACAUGGGGAAAUCAUUUGCCAAUUUCAUGUGCAAAAAGGAUUUUCACCCUGCAUCGAAAUCAAACAUUAAAAAGGUAUGGAUAGCGGAACAGAAAAUAACCUUCGACAAAAAGAAACAGGAGGACCUCAUGCAGGCCUACCUGAAGGAGCAGGAGACGUACAACAACAGAGUAUUAAUGGGAGAUGACCGGGUGAAAAAUGGUCUCAAUUUCAUGUAUGAGGCUCCUCCGGGAGCAUCUAAAGAAGAAACAAAGGAGGAAGGGGAAUCUGAAUACAAGUUUGAAUGGCAGAAAGUCGCUCCUCGUGAGAAAUAUGCAAAGGAUGACAUGAAUAUCAGAGAUCAACCUUUUGGCAUUCAGGUGCGCAAUGUAAGGUGCAUUAAAUGUCACAAAUGGGGACAUGUUAACACAGACAGGGAGUGUCCUCUCUUCGGCCUCUCUGGGAUCAACGCCAGCUCAGUGGCCACGGAUGAAGUAGCAGGUCCGUCGAUGCACCCCUCCGAGUUAAUAGCAGAGAUGCGAAACAGUGGGUUUGCGCUGAAGAAAUGUGUCCUUGGGAGGAACGCCACUGUUUGCGAUCUGGGGCAGGAUUACAUCGGAAGUGAAGAAGAAGAGGAUCCUGAAGUGGAGUUUCUGAAAUCCUUGACCACAAAGCAGAAACAGAAGCUACUCAGAAAACUUGAUCGACUGGAGAAGAAGAAGAAGCAGAAGAAGAAGAAGAGCAAAAAGCAGAAGAAGAAAAGCAAGGGCAAGCAGAAGAAGCAGGGCCACAAGUCAGACAGCUCCUCCUCAGACUCCGACGAUGACGACAGCAGCAGCAGCAGCAGCAGCAGUGAGUCGGAGUCUGAGGACAAAGGCAAGUCCCACAGCAAGAAGAAGAGGGGCAAGAAGAAGAAGCAGAAGAAGGAGUCCUCCUCCAGCAGCUCUGACAGUGAGGACGAGGAGGGGGCGAGGGGGAAGGCCCCAGAGGCCCGCGGCACCAACAGGUCACGGAGUCCCCCAGCGUCCAGCCACCGCCGGCAGAUGGACAGUUCUAGAGAUGAGGGCGAGGACAGGGGCAGGAGACGCCAGAGCCCGCGCCGUGACCAGGACAGGCCCGGGAUGUCCGGCAGAUGUGACCAGCCGGGCCGUGGUGGCGGGAGAGAGAGGAGCAGGAGCUCAGAGCGGGACAGGAGCGGGCGAGAGAGGGAUACGGACAGGUCAGAGGGCAAGAGGAGGGAGAAAGAGCGGGACCGGAGCAGGAGCAGAGACGGUAGGAGAGAGCGGACUAGCCGAGAUCGGAGCCGGAACCAAGGGAGAGAAAGAUCCGCAAGAGAGAGGAGCAAGAGCCCAGGCCGAGGCCGAGCCGCGGGAGGGAAAAGCUCAAGUCCGAGCCAAGACAAGAGGGCAGGAAGAGCGGCACAAGACCGGAGCAGAGACAGAGACAGGGGGAGGGGGAGGGCCGACAGGAGCAGGAGUCGGAGCAGGAAUAAUGGAAGGAGUAACAGAGACAGAGAGCGGAAGCACAGGGACUGAAGAGGCCAUGUCAAAAGCCAAAGGGGGAAACCAGUGGCACAAACAAGAAGCUGGCACUUAUCACACUGUCUGUGCUCCACUAUUGUUUUUUGGGUGGGGCUUUAUCGUCAGAAAGAAGUUUCUUUUUCAACUCCAUGAGACAGUUGUCUUGCUUAAUCAAAGUCAAAAUCCAUGUGUUGGGUCAUUCUGACUCAUACAGUUAUAUUGGACUUUUUUGUAUGAUUUAUUCAUUUUAUGUAAGAAAUCGGGUGUUUUUAGAGUUGUGUUAUACGUCAUGUUUGUAAGACCUGCCUUUCCGUCAUGAAGAGGGAAAAAAGUAAAUAAGGAAACAGUCCACACGAGGGCGAUAGCGGACUGCCAUGUGUGUAAAGUGGAACGAAAUUGAUUAAACGUUUUUAUGGA